AUGUCUUCUAAUAUGCGAAGACAUCGUUCUCUUGAAGGGAUUCAAAGAAAUAUGGGAUUAUCUGCAUACAAUUUUCAAGGAAAAAAUCCUAAUCAAUACUAUGAACCAUUAAAUUAUUCAAUUUUAGAGAAUGAAAGUAAUAAUAUCCCAUCGCCAGUCAUUAAUAAUUUCCGUAGUAACCCUGUUGCUCGGCAUUUAUACCUUCAAAAAGUAAUGGAUAAUGAACAACGAACUUCUACUGGUUAUAGAGAUAAUAUAAAUAAUGGCUUAACAGGAAAUGGAUUAUAUAAUAAUAGAAUAAAAUCUCUUGAUAGAGAAUAUGAAAUGCUUAAAAAUAGUUAUGAAAAUACAUUAGCCGAAAUGAAUGAAAUGUCGACAUCAAUCAAAAAUUAUUGGUCACCAGAAUUAAAAAGAGAAAGAGAACUUAGAAAAGAGGAACAUUAUCGGGCAUUAAAUUUGCAAAAUAAACUUCAUUCUAUGAAUGAUGGACAGGGAGAUUUAUUAAAUUCAUCUGGUAGAAUAAAUAAUAUAUGUGAUAUUCCUAUUGAUAUGAAUGGUAGACAAAUUUAUCACUACCCAGAUAUUUCUAAUUUACCUCCACCAAAUCGUGAUAGAAAUACAAUGUUAGCUUAUCAGGCACUUGCGCAAAAUAAUCUUGACCUUGUUAAAAAUAAUUUAUCACCAAGAGAUUUUACAGAUAAAUCUUUUUCAAACCAAGAAUUUCAAACAUUAAAAAUGAAAAUGGAAAAAUCAGAACUUGAAUUAGCACAAAAAUCUGUUGAAUUAAAUAAUACAUUAUUAAAAGCACAUCAAUAUGAAGAUAUAUCACAAGAAUUAAAUAAAAAAGUUGAAAGUUUAACAAAAGAUAGUGUUUACAAAGAUGCUCAAAUUCAACUAUUACAAGAUGAUUUAAAUGCUUUAAGAGAAAAAUUAGAAAUUAAAAAUCAACAAAUAGAACAUAAAGAUUCAAGAAUUAAACAAGCUGAUACUGAAAUAGAUAGACUUAAAACAGAUAUAUCUGAUUUUGAAGGAAAAAAAAGAGAAGGUGAUCAAAAAAUAAAUCAAUUACAAAUACGUUUUGAGCAAUUGGAAAGAUUAAUUCGUGAAAAGGAUACUGAAUUAAUAGAAUUACGUUAUAAAUUACAACAACAACCAGCUGUAAAAGCUGAAGCACAACUUCAUCAAUUAUUAGAUAAUGCUGAAAAUGAUAAAAAAAAACUUAUUGAAAGUUUAGAAGUAUUACGAAAAGGAGCUGAAGUUGAAAAACAACAACAAUUAGAGGCAUUUGAUAAAGAAUCAAAACAACAAUUACAAACAAUAGAAUUUUUAAAAAAAGAAUUGGAAGAUCGUGAAAUUUUAUUAGUAUCACAAAAUAAAAAAAUUAGUGAAUUAGAUGAAAUAUUAAAACUACAUGAUAAUAAAGAUGGAGAUAAAGGAAAAGAAAGUUUUAUUGAAAAUUUACAAAAACAAUUAGAUGAAGCUAGACAGGAAGUUGAUAAAUUACUUAAGAUAAUUCAAAAAAUGGAACAAGAAAAAAGUAAUCUUAUUCGCAAAAUAGAGGAGACGGGAAGUCAUGUAAAAGCAUUUGAUAAAAUUCCUAAUUAUAUUGAAAGUAUUGGAACAGGAGUUAAUGUUGGAGAUCAAAUUAUGCCACUAAAACAAAGAAUAACUGAAUUAGAAGAAGCAUUAAGAGAAUCUGUUGGUAUUACUACUGAUAAAGAAAGAAAAUUAUCUGAUAAUAAAAAAAUAAUAAUGCAUUUAACUUACCAAAUUGAAGAGUAUAGAAAAGCAAUACAACGUUUUGAAAAGGCUGCUUUAGAUAAUGCUAAUACAGAUCACCAAAGUACUGAAUUACUAAAAUUACUUGAAGAAGAACGUAAAAAUUAUCUUAAACAAUUAUUACAAUUAAAAAAAGAAAGUCUUACAUCAUUAUUAAAUGAAAAAGAAAAUUGUAUAAAAUUACUUGAAUUACCAAAAGAACAAGUUAGAGUUCAUUUAGAUUCAUUAAUUCGUGAUAGAAAAAGACUUCAAGAUAAAUUAAUUGAAGAAAAUGAGAUGCAACAAUUAAUUUUUCGUCCACCAUCUGGAAUGUUUGAUAAUGAUUUUGGUAAUACACAGCUUGCAAAUUAUACAAUUGGUAAUACAAGAUUGGCUGAUUGGCAACAAUCAACACAAAAUACUUCUAAUCCUGUAAUACAAUCAAAUAUAAUACAACAAGGUAUAAAUUAUACUACACAAAAUAGUACUGUUAUUCCAGGAUCAUCUUUACAUCAAAAUAACUAUGCUGUUAUGGGAGGACAACCAACUAAUGAUACAUUAAAAAAAGAUAAUGUAUGUACAUUAUCACAAGAUGAUGGAAUAUGGACAUAA